AUGGUUAACAUAGGAAACUUGCUGAGGGAGACAUCGGAGCUAAAGACCAAAGAUCUAACAAGACGGGACAUGGAGGUAGUGAACAUAAGAGGACUGCAGGAAAGCUCGACGAAGAAAGGCGUUCAGGACGCAGUAGAGAAAGCAGUAGGAAACUGGGACGAGAACUGCCGAAUCAGUGAAAUUCGCUCAGUGCGGAACAACACGGCAGCCGCAACAGUCACGUUGGACCCAGAAGCGGCCAAAAAACUGAUUGCCGACGGGUACAUCCGCGUAGGCCUGGUAAAAUGCGUGGUUGAAAAGUGGCACAGGAUUGAGAGGUGCUUUAAGUGCUGGUCUCACGACUACGAAACAAGGAACUGUCAAGGCCCCGACAGAAGCGAGAACUGCUUUAAGUGCUAG